GAUUGCGCGUCGCGUUACAACGUCGCGCGCGCACACGCACACGCCGCGCGUAUAUAUGUAUAUAUGAGAGCGUACGGCGUGGUGCACGUAAUGACGCGGGCGCGCGCGCUGGUUCGCUCGGUGGCCGAGCUGGGAGGCGGCCGUCGCCCGAGCCGCGUUCCGCGCGCGGCGCACGUUUCGUACUAUACUCUGCCUCGCCGUGCGUGUGCGCGUGUGUACGAUAUUAUAUAUAUAUAUAUAUACAUAGACAUUGCGCUGCACACGUAUACGUUUGAGCGUUAUACGCGCGACGUCGACGCCUAGCGAUUCCCUCGACCGCCGCCGCGCGUACCGCAUUAUAAUAUUAUUACGCGCGCGCGGCGCAUAUAACGGCGGCGGCGGAAAAUUUAUUAUUAUUAUAUUAUUUUAUAAUCGCAGUCACAGUCGCAGUCCGAGCGUCGCGCGUCAAAAACCGCGUACGUCCUCGCAGCAGUAGCGCAACCGCGUGCACGCGCAUCAUAUAGCACCGCAUAAUAUUUUGACGCGGCUUUACUGCGUUGUAACGGGCAUCGUUCUAGUCGCGGUCUGGUCGUUAUACAAUCAUACUAAUAUUAAUAAUUAUAUGUCUUGUAAUAUCAAUAAUCGUAAUAUAGUAUUAUUAUUGCCGCGACAUCAAAAAAUAAGCGUCCGUAUAAUAUAUCAUAGCUUUGCACACGCGUAAUAACAAUAUUAUUACGCACCUGUAAUUAUUUCAACAUCAAUAUAUUUUGGUAACAUACACGCUGAAGGCACCGGCCACCACACGAUAAUAUCGUUAUAAUAUUACAUUUACGCGCGCGCCGUGUAUGAGCGCGGAUUGUAGCGCGCGACGCCUGUGUGCAGCGCGGCCACAAUAUUGUAGUCGCGCACCGCGGUCCGAGACGACCAGCGGCCGAACAUGAAAAAGACGGCGAGCAAAGCGCGCGACGAAAAACUGUUGGCCGCGGUUCGCGAUCGACCGGUGCUCUACGAUCAGUCAAUGCACGUGUUCAAGGACUACGGCGCCAAGAACGCCGCGUGGAAAGAGGUUGGCUCCGCCGUGGUCGGGUCUCAGGACAAACAGAACGUGGAACGGUUGAAAGUCCGGUGGAAAACGCUACGGGACGGUUUCGUGAGGCAUCUGAAGAAGAAGAAAACGAUGGAGAUGUACACCGCGGCGGCGGCCAUGCGCCCGUACAAGCUGGAGAGACAAAUCGCGUUCCUGUUGCCGCACGUGUCCUUCCGCGACGAGGACGACAACGGUAGCAGCAACGGCGACGAGGACACCACCAGCUCUUCGCUGCUGAUGGCCGCCGACGUCAAGCCCGCCAUCGACUGCGAACCGUCGGCGUACGACCAACAGCAGGUGACCGCCGAAAUGCUCUACGAACAGUCCAACAUGGACAAGUCUUGCAGCGAACACGAAGCCCUGGACCGGUCCAUACACUUCCUGUGCGACCAGCGGUACAAACAGGCGGCCGCCACUAAUUACAAGUACAUUGUAGCGUUCUGUGCUUCUGUUCAGAUUAGAAGACAUGGACUCGGUGGACGCAUUUUUCCACGCCAUGGCACAAACAGUCAAACAGUUGAAACCCAUCACUGUGGCAAAGAUAAAAAGAGCAGUGUCAAUAAUAGUGUCAAAUGCAGAAAUCGAAGAGAUGGAGACUACUGUCGCGUGCGGAAAGUUUCCUAUGAACGUUCCUAUUACAAAUGAACCUAAAAAAUAGAAUAAUUUUAAGUUCUAUGAUAAUAUGUUUGCGCAAAAAGUAAAAUUAUUCCAUAAGAUUGUGUAUCGUAAUAUUUAAGGAUAUUAAUGUUAAGCAUAUUUUAGUAAACAAUGUUCAAUGUUAAACUUAACGAGUAUCACAACAAUGAGAAAUAAGAGUUGUAUUACUAGUGGUGGGAGCUGAAUACUUUUUUGUCAAAACAUUGAGAAUGACGUAUUCUGUAAUUCUGUAUUGAUAAACUUAUGUGUAAUACAACGGCUCACUACUUUUUUUUUAUAUACUACCUAAUCAUAAAUUCAUGUUAUAUUAUAAUUUAUAAACACAUACUUUGUUAUUGUUUUCUGUUCUGACAACUACUUCGUAGUGACACACAAUAUAUAUACAACGUGAUAAAUUCUCAUGAAAUAGUAAUAACAUAAUAUGUAUUUAACAGUUAACACAUGAAUGAUGAACAGAAUAAUUAGCAAGAAAUACAAACAUUAAUUAUGAGUUUAAAUUGUUAAAAAUCUAGCAAUAAUUUAUAAAUUGUUUACAAUCUAACAAUAAUUUAAACAUUGGAUUAGUACAAAAAAAGAAAAAAAUGAUCUUCACUGAAACAAAAUAUCUGUGUGUAUCAUCUAAAUUUGAUCAAAGAUUGGCACAAUAAGUUAAUUAUGUAUUUUUUGUUACAAAUGCUUAAUCGACAAUAUUUCUACAGAUGAAUUAUUGUUAACUAAUUACUAUAUGAUAUAAGUUGUACAAAUAAAUGUAAAUAAUAUAUAUUGUUUACUGUAAAAUAAAAAUAUUUGUUUAUUUUUAAGUUAUUUUUUUUUUAGAUAAGGUUGUUUCUGGUAAAAA